GCCUCCGACAUGCCCCAUACCAUCCUUUUGGUUCAGACUUCUGUGAAGAAGCCGGAUACACGUACUUGGUCAGAUUAUGAGACGGUCGAGCAGUGUCUUGAGGGUGUCUGUAAAAUUUACGAAGAGCAAUUGAAAAGGGAGAAUCCAAAUGCACCGACCAUAACCUACGACAUAUCACAGUUGUUUCACUUCAUUGAUCAACUGGCGGAUUUGAGCUGCCUUGUUUAUCAUGAGCCCACAUACACUUACAUUCCUCAUCCCAAAAACUGGAUCAAGGAGCAAGUAUAUGUCCUUUUGCGUAAUCAGGCUGGGCACUAAGUAACGAAACGACUAGCAUGUUUCCUUCUAGUCCUUCAUUGCCCGGUUUAGUUGAGCUUCUGGCACUUACCUUUCUCCAUUUUCUUGUAAAAUCUCUCUUGAACAUACAAUUUUGAAUAUAACAA